AGUGCCGAAGCGAAGACCGCCCCCCAACUCCCUCUCUUUCCUCCCCCCCAACUCCUCUCUCUCUCUCUACCUUUUCUCCGCCGGAGGGACAAAAUCGACCGACGAGUACGAACAGUUUUUUUUUCCGGUUAGUUGAAAACGCCGUCGUUUUAUCGAUGGCGUGAGGGGGAGGGUUUGGAGGAUGGGGAAGGUAGGGUUGGGAGUGGCGGCGGGGGUGGCGGUGGCGACGUGCGCGGUGGCGGCGGUGAUGGUGGGGAGGAGGGUGAGGCGGCGGAGGCGGUGGAGGAGGGUGGUGGCGGUGCUUGAGGAGUUUGAGGAGGCGUGCGGGACGCACGUGGGGCGGCUGAGGCAGGUGGUGGACGCCAUGGCGGUGGAGAUGCACGCCGGUCUGGCCUCCGAGGGCGGGAGCAAGCUCAAGAUGCUCCUCACCUUCGUCGACGCUCUCCCCAAUGGGAGUGAGAAGGGCACCUAUUAUGCGCUGGAUCUUGGAGGUACUAAUUUCAGGGUCUUGCGAGUUCAGCUCGGGGGUAAUAGCAGUGAUAGGUCUGCUAUCCUUAGACAUGAUGUGGAUCGACAAGCUAUUCCUCCACAUCUAAUGACAAGCACAAGCGAGGAUCUCUUUGAUUUUAUUGCUUCAUUGCUAAAGCAGUUUGUGGAAAAGGAAGAAGGAUUUUCUGAACUAUCAGCAGUCAAAAGUAUGGAACUCGGGUUUACAUUUUCGUUUCCCGUGAAGCAAAUGUCUAUCUUGUCAGGCAUUCUGAUCAAAUGGACCAAAGGUUUUGCCAUAGAAGACAUGGUAGGAAAAGAUGUUUCUGAACCUUUACAGCAAGCAAUGUCUAAGAUAGGCCUAAAUAUGCGAGUAGCAGCUUUGGUAAAUGAUACUGUCGGGACAUUGGCACUUGCACAUUAUCAUGACGAAGACACAGUUGCUGCAGUGAUAAUUGGGACGGGUACAAAUGCAUGCUAUUUAGAACGGGCAGAUGCUAUCAUUAAAUGUCAAGGCUUGCUUACUACAUCAGGAUGCAUGGUAGUUAACAUGGAAUGGGGGAAUUUCUGGUCAUCUCAUUUGCCAAGAACAUCCUACGAUGUUGACUUAGAUGCCAAUAGCCCAAACCCUAAUGACCAAGGUUUUGAGAAAAUGGUAUCAGGAAUGUAUCUUGGUGAGAUCGUGAGAAGAGUAAUUCUUAGGAUGUCGGAGGAGUCGGAUAGUUUUGGACCAAUAUCUUCGAAACUAUCAGCACCUUUGAGUUUAAGGACUCCAUUGAUGGCUGCUAUGCAUGAGGAUGACUCCCCCGACUUGAGGGAAGUAGCCAGAAUUUUGAAUGACGAUCUUGAGAUCCCUGAUGUCCCUCUAAAAGUUCGGAAGCUCAUUGUAAAGGUAUGCGAUGUGGUGACCCGCAGGGCUGCCCGAUUGGCAGCUGCUGGCAUUGUGGGCAUCUUGAAAAAGAUCGGACGGGACGGAAGUGGUGGCGUCACGAGCGGAAGAACAAAAGGCCUUAGCAAGGUAAGAAGAACGGUUGUGGCGGUUGAGGGAGGAUUGUACACUAAUUACUCCAUGUUCAGAGAAUACUUGAAUGAAGCCGUGACUGAAAUCUUAGGGGAAGAAAUUUCACCCCAUGUCAUUCUUAAAGAUACAGAAGAUGGAUCGGGCAUCGGAGCGGCCCUCCUGGCGGCAGCUUAUUCGUCUCCCAAUGUGGAUACCGUACAGUUGCUAUAGAUACAUAUAUUUAUAAUUAUAUAUGUAUAGCUCCUGUAAAUUGUAGAAUUUGUUUUCGAUUAUAGUUAUAUAUGAGAAAGGAAAGGGUUGUGUAUAUGUGUCAUGUAUGGAAAGGUGGUUCUUGUUUGUUUAACAAGUUUCCUCUCUUAUUUAUGAAGGUUUAAUUCAUUUGUUGAA